GUGCACACGCACACAUACGUCGCGAUCGGUCCGUAAUCUGGUGCAGUGCAGUGUGACAGCAAGUGUUAACAAUUGCCCGCGGCGAGGUCGCUGCCGAGGUGACAGGUGCACGGUAGUCGGCCCAAUCGAACCCGAGUAAACAAUAGGUGUGAGGGGUUGCGCAGAGGGGCGCGCAUCUAUUCGAGACUGUUUCUGUUUUUGCAGUGAGACUAGCAGUUGACGGACAAACAACACGGUGGCUACUGCACAUCUACAAGAGGUUCGCUCACAAGCGAAUCUGCAAUCAUGUGUUGAUCUUUCGUUACUCACACACCUGAGAAAUAUGUCAUCGAAGCGAAAGUCCCCACCAACUAAACUACACGAAGGUGCCAACUCGGCCGAAACCAUAACCUCCCUCCAAUCUCACCAGCCUGGCAGUGGUAGCGAAGGGGGAAACCUCACCGAUCUCGAUGAGACCAGCAGCAACAACCUGAGCGACAUCUGCGAAGAAGACACCACCACCAUGGUACACAGUUCCAACGCAUUCUACAAGCUGUCGGAGUCGUCUUCGCCCGGUAGCGUGUCGGGCAGCGAAGCCGAAGAAGUUGAAGAGGACCGGACUCCUCCCAACAAGACCGCGAGGAUAAUGUGUUCCUCGGAACCGAACAUUCUUAUGUCUAGUAGUAUCCAGGCUCUGUCGUUGCAUAAUGAGCCUGAGAGAAGAAGGAACUCUUCGGAGUGUAGUAGUCCCAAUUCGGAUGUGAAGACGAACAUUCACUAUAAUAAUAAUAAUAGUAGUUUACUUAAUAACAAUAGUUUCUCGCAUCCCUUGAAGAGAUCCAUGGACGAUGUCCUGAAGAGGCUGACGUCGAAAAUCAACAACAGCACCAUCAGGGAGGAGAAAAGGCCCACGCCAUCUUCGACGCCCAAUUCAAUACACAAUUCAGACGUUGAACCUACAACGGCUAUUCAGCAGGCGCUUUCCGGCGACAAUAUUAUGGAGAAAGACAGGAAAUUGUCAGAGCUCAUUUUCCAGCUUCAAAUGGUUAGGGAGCAGCUACUCACACAGCAACAACAGGAAGCGAAUAAGACACCCAGUGCUAGCCAACUUGCCAACGAAUCACAUCAGAAACAGCUUGAGCUGCAGCGAAGGCAGCAGGAACACCUCCUGCAACAACAGCAGAAGUUGCAGGAACUCCAAGGCCAAAUAUCCGCCCAAUAUGCAGCUAGCAGUGCGGUGGGUCCUCAAGCAGGUCUCAUGUUCUUACCUUUCCUGGAACAACUGCGGGGGUUGCAACCAUCAGCAAUGCCACCUGGUGUACCAAAAUCGCCUCUUGGAAAUCAUAUGCUUCCACCUCAUCAAGUACCAAGUUGGAUCUCAGCCACGGCCCACUUGGCCCAAAUGUCAAACGUACCACCUCAUGAAAAACGAUCUCCUCCUCCGCAUCACACUCCUUCGCCGACACCACCUCCCUCGGACCCCGACGCCCCACUCAAUCUCAGCAAACCCAAGUCUUCCAGUUCCGGAUCCACCGGAUCGAGCCCACAAAGUACCCCCUCCUUACAACCCCAUGAUCAACCUGUGGCAGCGACAGCCCCGAAACUCUUACCUCCGAAUCUGAUGAUGUCGAGAGCGUUUCUGCCUUACGCAGGACUACCUCCUCAGUUUCCUAUGCCUGGUGGUACAGACAGAAGUAAGCAGGGCAAAGAGAUGGUUAAUCAGGAGAAGCAGCAUCAUUUUCCUAUGCAUGGGUUGUACGGUUUGCCCACACCACAGCAUUUAGGGCAGAAGGAAGAUAGCAUUAAGGAAGAGAGGGACUUUCUAGCGACGUGUCAUUUAUGGGGAGCACCAGAUCCCAAUUACAAAAUGGACGACAAUUCAGAAAAGGCGAAAAUCAUUCGACAACAAGCCAAACGUGAGAGCGAAAACAAGCCCCACAUCAAAAGGCCCAUGAACGCAUUUAUGGUUUGGGCUAAAGACGAGAGACGGAAAAUUCUAAAAGCAUGCCCAGAUAUGCAUAACUCAAAUAUUUCAAAAAUUUUGGGAGCUCGUUGGAAAGCGAUGUCCAAUUCGGAAAAGCAGCCAUACUACGAAGAGCAAUCUAGGCUGUCUAAGUUGCAUAUGGAGAAGCACCCUGACUAUCGAUAUCGGCCAAGACCCAAGAGGACAUGUAUUGUAGAUGGCAAGAAAAUGCGCAUCUCAGAAUACAAAAUGUUGAUGAGGCAACGCCGUCAAGAAAUGAGGCAACUAUGGUGCCGAGAUGGAACCGAAAUGGGCUUCAUGUCCUCCAACCCCGACCUAGCUUCACCCGCCUCGACGUCCGGAAGACCCUCUGUCUCGCCGCCUCUAGGCAUGAUGAACGGAGCCGGCCCAAGCUCUGAUGGAGGGUACUACUACCCCCACGACAAUACUUCUCCUGAUGCCAUGAACUUUCCCCAGGAUCAUAGUAUGGCGUACGACUCUAGUCCGAGGCAUGAGGAUGACUGAGCCUGGCCCCACAGGGAACAUAGCUUCCCACAAUGGUACUAAGGUCUGGUCGGUUUGGAGUAUUUUGCUUUUGUAGGGCCGGUCACGGGCGGUAUCCUAAGGUGAGACCUUGGGAGUUUGUAUUACAUGUUGAACUGUGUAUAUUGAGGAAAAAGACAUAACGUGGCAGAAUUCGCUGUGCCAUUGAAUAAGAGACGAGAGGAAAUACCAAAAGACUUUUCAUUCAGAAAUAUACCCGAAACAUUUGGUGUUGUAAUUGUAUUGUUAUGUAGAUAUAUUCAAGAUCUUGAAGUUAUUUAUUUAUAUCUAGUUAUUUCUUUUUUGUUUUUAUUUUGUAAAUUUAUGUAAAUUUCACACAUUGCAUAGACAAAGUUUUUGAGUUUCAGUUACACUGUUUUUAUUUGUUAUCACAGUUGAAAUAUAGCUCAGGAUUUUCAAAUUGGAAAUAUCGAUGGAUAUCGAAUUUACACUUGAAUAUCUGAGUUUCUCGAUUGUCAGUAUUUGGACGAUUUAGAAGUUUGUUUUUUCUAGUCUUCUGAUUACGUUGAAAUAUAAAGAAGCUAGCUUUAUUAGAUUAAUCAAAUUGUAUUAUUUUUGAAAUAGUAUGGUACAAAAACUGUUUCAGUAAUGAGAUGACUAGAAUACCGAACGCUUUAAAUUUAUACGAAGUGCAAUGUUUUCUCUACUUUAAUUUUGUUUCUGAACUGUUGAUGUUUAUAUAUUUUAAUGUAAGAGCCAGUACUUUAAGUAAUAUUAUUUAUUUUCAACAGUUUCUAAGAAUUGUACAGUCAAUCUUCAAAUAUUCAUACUUUACAAUUAGAUAUAUACACAUGUUAUAUACUUAGACUUUAAAAGUUAUAUAGAUAUCAAAGUAUCCCUGUACACAUAUUCUAAUUUCAAAAUUGGUACCACAAUAUCGUUCCACUAUUGUAUUGAAUAAAGAUUUGUUGACAACAGAUGGUAACUACAUUUGACUAAAUUUUGAUACAUUGAGUUGAGUUGUUGAGAGGUUUGUCUUCAAAUUCGAAAACGAAUGUAGGAAUUUGAAAUUUAUACAUUUUUUCCAUAUUGAGGUUUUCAUAUUUCAUCUACUUGAUUUUAUUUUCACUACCUCGAUCUAACCAGGAGGUAUUGCCAAACUUAUAAAAAUUACAACAAAACAGAUAAGCAUUUCAGAAAUAGAAUAGUUUUGUUGUUUCACUGUUCUUUCAAUUACCCCGGUAUUGUAUUUAUUGUAGGCGAAUUAAAAUUGCAACCUAAAGAAUUGAUAUAAUAAUGUUGACAAAAUCAAUAAAUAAGUUAGUAGUUCUCUCUUUGUGACUGUGGUUCGAUGGAGAGGAUGCGCAAUAUUGUCAACUGUUACAAUUUGAUAUUAAAAUCACUUGAACGAAUAGUUUUAGGAAAUUCCAUUCAAUUUCAAAUUGAUUUUCAAUGAGCCAGAAAUACACGUCUGCGGUUUGCAUUUUUGAGUUCUGCUGAUUUGUAUCAAAAUCACUACGGAACCAUCUCGCAUAUGUACGGAAUAAUAGUUUUUUUGUCGUACGCAGCUUCAAAAAACAAACUUAUUCUAUUUUUACAGCUUUCGUCCUAAUAUUAAGACUUCUGCAGGACCAAGUUAAUCGAGUUGUUGAUAUUUUAUAAUUAAUGACUAUGGAAAAUUUCAAAUACAAAUUUCAGUAAUAUAUUCAAAAAACUCUUGUUGAUUUGAAUUAUAUAAGUAACAAAAAGUUUCGUGGAGAAUAAAACAUAUUUAUUUAUCUUUAUAUCAUCCACCAAACAUAUAAUUAGAACAAUCGUACCAGAUGAUACGUGAAAAUAUCGGUUUAAUAAUUUCAAACACAUUUUGCCUACUGAUUUUCAUUAGUUUGGACAUCAAUUUUCUAAUAUGAUUUGAAAUCCCUGAAAGAAAAAAUAUUUUUUUUUGCUUUUUUAAGGACAAAACACAAACACUACAGGAAAAUCCUUAAUUGAUAAGAAUAGCUGAAAAUAACAAUAAUAUCAAGCAAAAAAACUCUUCUUGUGAUGACUGAAUUAUUUCUUCGAGAGAUGAGUAUUUAUAAUAGGUCAUUCUAGUGUUUUCUCUCUUCUUUCUCUCCGCUUCACCGGUUUAGCGGGAGACAACCGCUUGGUGGGAGUUGAUUAUUUUCCACUUGAUUAUAUGGGUUUCUAUAUUGGUUUUCAACAUAUAUGCAGCUUCUUUGAACUUAUUCUUGAACCAGUGUUCCUCCCUGUGUAUGAUCUCAGCUUGAGACCACUUGAUGUUAUGUUGAUGACUCUAAACAUGCUCUGCUAUUCCCGAUAUGCUGGUUUCUUUUCACUAUUUCAGCUAUUCUUUUUAAUUUUCAAUUUUGUUUUGUUCUUUCAGAGAUUUCAAAUCAUAUUAUAUCAUAUCAGACAAUGGAAGUGAUAUAUUUACAAUUAUUACACUCUAAUAUAUUUCGUACUAAUCUUUGAGGCGUUGUUAUUAUCAAACUCACUAAAAUCGACAUUUUUUUCUGAAAUUCACAAGAGGAAUCAACUAAACAACAAUUCAAUUGUUAAAAAAUUUCAUAUCUGUUGGGUUUCAUAAAUGAAUGAUUUUUUACAUAACAAAUCCAAUUUAAACAAAGAUUCAUAUCAUCAUUAAUUAAUAAAUCCACUUUGGAAUAUGCAUUAGCUGUGAAGGUAAUUAGAUGCUUAUAAUAGUAUAAUAGAAACGUUUUUAUUCGGAAUUCCAUGAUAACAUCAGACAAACUUUCCAAUAAGGACGGUUUUAACUUUGAUAUUAUUGAUCAUUUCAUCAUCGCGUUACAAUGUUUGUGUCAUUUUGUAAAACAAUAAAUCAAAUGUAGUAAAACCAAAGAAAAUAUAUUUCGAAUAUAAACCAACAAUGACAGUUAAUUCAAAAAUUUUCAUGAUUUUUUGUAAGACUUAAAAUAUAUCUUGUGGUUUCGUUUUUGGGAUAUCGAUAAUUGUAGAGAAUAUUACGAGUUUUUUCAAGUAUUCUACCUAAGUUAUGAUAUGUAUCAAAAUAUUUAAAUAUAAAUCAAAUUAUGUGAUAGAAUACCUGAAAACGUGCUGUAUUUUGAUUAUUCCAUUAUACUUUAGACGGCUAGUGAUGAAUGUAUGUAAAUCUCAUUCUCAAUGUAAAAGUUAAUAUUAAGUCGUAUAUCCCAAAAUGGUGGCAAAAUGAAGUAUAAUAUUAGAAACUAGGCUCAUUGUUCUUUCCUGUGCCAAAAUCAAAUAAAGUAUAUAAAAUGUA